UAAACGUUAGUCUCAGAGUGUUUGGAUCUUGCGACGUAACAACAAGGCAGCUUAAAUAUCUCGUUGACAAAAUGGCUUCAAAUCAAGAAAACUCUAGCGAGGGGCCAAUCCUGCAUUUGCAAAGUUCUGACGGAGUCAUUUUUGACGUGGAGUUAGCAAUCGCUCAGCGCUCAAUAAUGAUAAAAACCAUGACUGAAAGUUUAGGCGAAGAUGAAUUGAAAGAAGUUCUUCCUCUACCAAUAAUUAAAUCUGAUACUCUGAAAAAGGUUAUUGAAUUCGCUACUCAUCAUAAAAAUGAUCCCAUGCCAGAAGAAGAUGUCGAGAAAGUAAAUAUUCGAAUGACAGAAUGGGAUCAAAAAUUUCUAGAGGUUGAUUUCAAAACUCUUUUUGAUCUUAUCGACGCAGCCAAUUAUUUAUGUAUGACAGAUUUGUUAGAAUUAGCAACCCAAGAAAUAAGCAAAACAUUUUUGCAAGCAAAAUCACGAUAAGUGCUGAUCAAUGAAUCACAAUCAAGGUUACGAAAGUAGAGAAGCUCGUCCACCCCCUGCUUCUGAUGAUGUCAAUGCCUUUUUUUCAAAAUUAUUGUUCAUGAUAAAAAUGUCGAAAUAAAACAGAUAUAAAAAUUAUUGAAA